GAAGAAAACAAACACCCGCAACUAAACGAAGACCAUACAUGGCAACAGGGGUGUGAUCCCGCUCCUCUCUCUCGCCCUCGCCAUCCGAUUGCGGUCUGGUUGUACAGGGGUUUCGGAGAUCGUCAUGGCGUCCUCCGACGACUCGACCAACGACGGGGCCGAUCAGGUUUUGACUGAAGAACGUGGGUACACAAGAUUAUUGACACUUAAUAGGCCUCGACAAUUGAAUGCUCUCUCUUUUCCGAUGAUUAUGCAACUCCUCAACAACUUAAUUGCUUAUGAGAAGGAUCCUGAAGUCAAAUUAUUGAUAUUGAAGGGAAGAGGAAGGGCAUUUUGUGCUGGAGGAGAUGUUGCUGCAAUCAGCCGUUCUGUGACAGAAGGUCAUUGGACUUCGGGUGCACAAAUUUUCUGGAAUGAGUUUAUCUUGAAUUACAUAAUUGCAACCUACAGCAAACCACAGGUUUCUAUUCUCAAUGGAAUUGUCAUGGGAGGUGGAGCUGGUCUUUCUAUACAUGGGAGAUUUCGAGUUGCCACAGAGAAAACGGUUUUUGCAAUGCCAGAAACAUCACUGGGGUUGUUUCCAGAUAUAGGUGCUUCAUACUUUCUAUCAAGGCUCCCUGGAUUCUUUGGAGAAUAUGUUGGGUUGACUGGUGCAAGGUUAGAUGGAGCUGAAAUGCUUGCAUGUGGCCUUGCAACUCACUUUGUCCCUUCUAUGAAAUUAACACUGUUGGAAGACACACUUGCAAAGGUGGAAACUUCCGAUCAUUUUGCUAUCUGUGCAAUUAUUGAUCAAUUCUCAAGACGCGUGCCUCUAAAAGAAAGCAGUGCUUUUAAUGGCUUCGAUGUGAUUAACAAAUGCUUCUCGAAAGAAACAGUUGAAGAAAUAUUGUCUGCUCUUGAAUUAGAAACUGUAGAUGCAGCUAAUGAGUGGAUUGUGGUAGCUAUCCGGUCACUGAAAAAGGCAUCACCAAUCAGUCUGAAAAUUACUCUCAGAGCGAUAAGAGAAGGGCGAGUGCAGCGAGUUGGCCAAUGCUUGAUGAAAGAUUACCGAUUGUGCUGCCACAUUUUGCGCAAAGAAGCCAGCAAUGAUUUCUUCGAGGGUUGCAGGGCUAUAUUGGUGGAUAAAGACAGGAACCCAAAGUGGGAUCCUUGUAGUCUGGAUUUAGUGGAUGUGAAGGUGGUGGAUCGAUAUUUUUCGGAAGUCGAUGAUGCAUGCUGGGAGGACCUGAAACUUCCUGUGAGGCAUGCGUCCAAGUUGUGAAAGAUCUGCUGACCUGGUGAUCAUAAACUAGUAUGACGAUGUCCAAAAAGACAAAAAGAAAAAGGACAAUUCGUGUGCGGGUCUUUCUUUUUGUGAUUUAAAUUAAAGUAAUAAAAAAUCUAAGUAUAUGUAGAUUUAAA